AUGGAGGAGACCUUACGAGGCAACGGAAAUGUCUCACUUUCAUUUAAUUCCCAGGGGGUGUUGAAAAUUUGUGUAAAAAAUGAUAGAAAUGUUGGCUCUUAUGGCAUUUUUUCUGGAGAUAAUCCAUUCGAUUUCACUCUUCCGGCAACAUUGUUCCAAAUCAUCAUUAUUGUCGUCCUCUCUCAAACUCUUUACUUUCUUCUCAGGCCAUUACGAACACCAAAAUUCAUCUGCAACCUCAUCUCUUUAAAUUUAUAUUUAAGUGAAAAAUGUGUGCAGGGUGGAAUUAUUUUGGGGCCAUCACUUCUAGGGAGGAACGAGAUUUAUUGGAAGGCCUUGUUUCCCCCAAGACAAUCUGAUGUUUUAUCAGUGUUGUCAUUACUCGGAGCUAUAUACUUUUUGUUCUUGAUUGCACUGAAAAUGGAUCUACUAAUGACUAUAAGAGCAGCAAAAAGUACUAGCCUACUUGGAAUAUUACCCCUCAUGGCUUCUUUUUCGGUUUUAUCAUUACUCCUGAAAGUUUUUUAUGUACCACACAACCCUCAUAUCAAAAUAGAAGCUUCGCGUACAGCAUUAAGUGCUACGAUAGCAUUCAGUAAUUUCCCUGCAGUGUCCGAUGCUUUGAUAGAACUUAACCUCAUAGCAACUGAAUUAGGACAGAUUGCACUGUCUGCAGCCACACUCAAUGACUGUAUACAAUUUUUCUUCAUAGUAUCACACCGUAUAGUGGGGGAACACACUCCUGAAUUAAAACUCUCAAUCAUGGGAUUUAGUUCUUGGAUAUUGUUCAUGUUUUGCAGUUUCUAUAUUUUACAGCCAAUGAUGAACUUGAUUGCACGCAGCACACCAGUUGGGAAACCAGUAAAACAAAUGUAUGUUGUGUUUAUUCUUCUUGGUGCUUUAGUUAUGGCUGCUAUUACUGACAUGAUUGGGCUAACAUUUCUUAUUGGACCAUUGAUUUGGGGUUUGAUUAUUCCGAGUGGACCCCCUUUAGGGACAACAUUGGUUGAAAAGUGUGAACUUAUCAUCUCAGAAUUUUUGUUACCUUUCUUCUUUGUUUAUGUUGGCAUGACCACAAAUUUGGCUGCACUUGAGGAUUGGCGAGAAUGUAUAACUAUGCAACUUAUCUUCUUUGCCGGAGACAUAGCAAAGGUGGUUGCUUGUGUGUUGGUUUCUAUGAUAUAUAACAUCAAGCCCAAACAUGGCACAGUGCUUGGCCUCAUGUUGAACAUCAAGGGCAUACCUCACCUUAUAACCUUUAUUAAAUUGCACCAAAUCAAGCUAAUGGAUGAUGAAACAUUGAGUCACUUGAUGAUAGGUGUGGUGGUUACAACUGCAAUCAUCACACCCCUCAUUAAAUUGUUAUACAAGCAUCGUCCUCGAGUAUUAAGUUCAUCAAGCAUAUUUGAUGAAGAAAUGAGAACAAUCCAAAACACUCCAAGAAAUUCAGAGUUUCGCAUUGUUACUUGUUUACAUAGUGAAGGAAACGUUCGUGGCAUGACUGCCCUAGUGGAAAUUUGCAACCCAAUUCAAGAAAGUCCCUUAUGUGUCUUUGUGAUUCAUCUCAUCGAGCUCUUAGGAAAAAGUGCAUCAAUUUUACUUCCUAUAAAUUACAAGCAAAACAGAAAAUUUUUGUCUGUUAAUUACCCCAACACAAACCACAUCAUGCGAGCAUUUGAGAAUUACGCUAAAAACUCAUGUGGUCCUGUAACUGUUGUUCCGUACAUCAAUGUAGCACCUUAUAUGAGCAUGCUUGAUGCUGUUUGUAACCUAGCACAAGACAAUAUGGUUCCUUUUAUUGUGAUUCCUUUUCAUGAAAAUGACCAUAUUGACCUUCACGGGCACGUGUCGACAUCUAUUCGAAAGUUGAAUAGUAGGUUUCAAGCACGUGUUCCAUGCACGUUGGGGAUAUUAGUGGAUAGAUACUCAAGACUUGGUGUGAAUGAUCAAACAAAACCUUAUUUUCAUGUUGGGAUAUUAUUUAUUGGUGGGCCUGAUGAUAGAGAAGCAUUGGCAUUGGGGAUUCGAAUGUCGGAGAGACUGAAUAUGAAGGUAUCUUUGUUUAGGUUCAUUGUGACAAACAGAAAAUAUGUGACUAGAAUUGAUUCAAGUCGAACAGAUCCACUAGAUGAAGAACAAGAGGAAAUGUUGGAUGAAGGUCUGAUUGAUGAGUUUAAGAGUAUGAAAUUUGGGAUUGGGAACAUUUUUUGGUAUGAAAUUGUGGUGGACGAUGCAGUUGAGAUAAUGGAAGCAAUUCGUGGUUUGGAAGCAGACUAUGACCUUGUGAUGGUAGGGAAGAGGCAUAAUGUUGGAAAUUUGAAAGAUGAAGAAAUGGGAAAUUUCAUAGAGAAUGUCCAAAUUUUAGGACUAUUUGGAGAUAUGUUGUCGUCAACGGAAUUCUGUAUUGGAAUGGUUCCUGUUUUGGUGACACAAUGUGGUCGGGAUAAAAGGGUUAUUAACAAGCUUGAUAGAGUAGGUUCAGGUUCAGUUACCGUUUCUCAGAUGAGUUUAAAAGGUUGA